GCUGCGGCCGGAUGUUGCUGCGGGGAGCGCGCGGGCUGGCGGGGGCGCGCCGCGGGGAGCCCCUGGACAGCAGCGGCCGGCGCGGGGGGGCGCUCAGGGGAGGAGCUCUGCACCCUCACGCCCCUAACGCCUCCGGCCUCCGAGAACUUUCGGACACCCGGGCAAAGGACGGCGGCGCCUCGGCCGCCGCAGGGAGUAACGUCGGGACGCAGGGCAGCCCCCCGGGUGACGGGCCAGGCCCUUCCCCCCCGCUGCCCCCCCCACCCACGCACUGCUGCGGGACCGGCUGCCCCAACUGCGUGUGGGUCGGGUACGUGGAGGAGCUGCUGCUGCGGUACCGCGACGGAGGGGAACGGGCCUUGGCGGCCGUGGAGGAGCACGUGGAGGACGAGAACAUUAAAAUGAUCCUGAAGAUGGAGAUCAGGCUGCGCAUGCAGAAGGACUGAGCCUCCCUCGGCCCCCUAAACCAGCGGCUGACCCCCCCCGGGGGCCUCUGCUCCCGACUGGCUGCUGGGAGACGAACUCGGCUUAUUUAUUUAUUUGUGUAUGGUGAGCCCGGGGGGGGUGGGGGGUUGAGAGUGGGCAGCAGCUCAGGCCUGUCCUCAGCCUGGGAUUUCCCAGCAGCCAGACACGGUGCUCCCCUGGGGUGGAAAAUCCCAUCCAAGGGCAGCCUGGCAUGUCCUCCCCCCGCACCAGCCCUCCCUGUGCUGCCUCCUCCUUGCCCUCCCCAGCAUGAAUUUUAAGCACGUUCUGUAUCUUGGCUGUGACCUGGUGACUGGGGAGGGCUGGGGUGUUAUGCCAGAUCCCCCACACCACCACUGUGUUGGAACCUCCCCUCCCUACCAGCACCCUAAGCCUCUUAGGGGCUUCUCUGUGUGAAGGGCUUGCAGGAGAGGCACCGGGGCUACCGGCCCCUUCCCUGGGCAGCGUGCAGCCCCAAGCACGUGGGGCCCGGCAGCCUCCUGGGGAGGGCACUGUCUCCCACUCCAGUGCUGAGGUCACAGACUGAUGAGCUGUUGUUUACAGUGCCUUUUCCUCCUCCAUUGCCUUUGCCAUAUCUUAAAAUCCCACAAAUUUGGCCCAGCUCAUUCCCUCUCCAUCCUGCCUGGUUGGGCUGAAAGACUCAAAGGAUCUUGGCCCUCAGCGGCCCCCACAGGACCCCCCCUAUACUUCCCCAAGGAGCCACAAAGCUCUUGAGGAGUGCAGGCUAAUGAACCUCAAGCUGGAAGCAGCCAUUAACACCACGACCUUGCUCAAUUAACACCAGAGUCCUGCUCUCUGCCGGUUCUGCCAGCUCCAUAAAUGCUCCCAGAUCCCUGUAAUCCUAUUUGGUGGAGUCCAACUAAUUGCAAUUAGUGGCAGGGGCUGGAGUUCAAUUAAAGUGUACUGAGAUCA